AUGUCUCAAACUAGUACGGGUUUUCUAUUCCACGCGUUUCGCAGAGCAACACUUGUCCAGCUGCGUAGCUAUGCGGCGAAUCCAGAAACUCGCCUAAUCCAUGUCGAAAAACAAUUCGACUCAGUUGAGCCGGAAAAACGUGACAAAGAAGCAUUCAUGGCAGCGGUUGCAAUGUUCAAGGAAAAGCGCGGUAGGACGCAUGUCGAGUUCAUCAACACCGCCCUCAAGUACAUAAAGGAGUAUGGUGUUCACAAAGAUCUCGACACCUAUAAAACAUUGCUCGACAUUUUCCCAAAGGGUAAAAUGAUUCCGCAAACAUCGUGGCAGAAAAUCUUUCUGCAUUAUCCGAUGCAACAAAAUUGUUGCGUCAAAGUUCUCGACGAAAUGGAGUGGAAUGGUGUGCAGCCGGAUAAGGAAAUCCACGACAUCGUUGUGAAUGCGUUCGGCGAAUGGAAUUUCGCGACGAAAAAGGUCAAACGAAUGCUCUAUUGGAUGCCGAAAUUGAAGCACUCGAAUAAAUAUUUGGAUAGGAGGCAUGUUGAAGGCAAAUCGUUGUCGCCGGCGGAGUUGGCUGGUGUGGCGUUGAAGAUGAUGUCGCGCGAUCCGGCGUCGACGAUCUCGUUGGUGAAGCUGUCCGAUUCGAGCUCGGCCGACUACAAAUGGCUGGCGAUCUCGCAGAGCCCCCAUCAGCGGCAGCUCAUCGAUGAGCUCGACAACGGCGACGAGGUCUUUGUCGAUCCGGGUCUCGUUUAUGUUCAAGACCACAAGAUCCCUUAUAUCCAGCUAACAGCCAAGAGCAAAUUGCCGCCGUUGGACGAAUUCAAAACUGAGGAGUUUGAGGAGAAUUACACGAAUUGGUUUGAGGAUUGGAAGAAACGAAGGGCCGAGGCGAAACGAGCGAUUCAUGAGCAGGAUCAUGAAACGAUUCUUGCGAUUGGAGCGAUUUAUAGAAAUGAUGAUUCAACAGCGCUUCGAUGGAUCGAUGAGCUUCAGAAGACCAAUAAGAAUCUUGAGAAGUUGAGGAUACGAUUGAGAAUCGAUGGAAAACCAAUAAUCUAG